CCAUAUAAACCCCACUCUCCUGCCCAUAAACAGUCCCACUGCACACUUCCAAGACUUGUUCUAAAUAAAUCAAGGGUUAUAAUUCACACGCCAACUGACGCUACUGAGGUUUUGGCAGCAUGGCAGGCUUCAUGUCUCUGAUGUGCUGUGUGGCGGCUCUGACUGCAGGGACAGUGACUGCAGAUGCCAAGGAGUUAUCCAUCACCACUAUAAAGCAAGAUCCGUACACCAUGAGCAAAGGCCCCGAGCUGGAGGGAUACUGCAUCGACCUGAUCUCUGAGCUCUCCAAGAGGCUGGGCUUCAGCUACAAGCUGCAGCUGGUGAAGGACAACCGCUACGGAGCCAUGGACGCCAGCGGGAACUGGAACGGGAUGAUCGGGGAGGUCAUCAGAGGGGAGGUGGACUUGGCCGUGGCCUCGCUGACCCUCACGGCCACCAGGGAGCAGUUUGUGGACAUGACCACCCCCUUCAUGCAGACAGGCCUCAGCUUCCUCCUGCGUAGAGACAAGGCCUCUGAAGGGAGCAGCUUCAGCCUGCUGUCCCCCUUCUCCCCCAGUAUGUGGGGGGGCAUCCUCAUCGCCUUCCUGUUGACAGGUCUCUGCAUAUUCCUGGUGGGCAGGAUCAGUCCCACAGAAUGGGCGGAGCCAGAGACAGAGGAGCACAGCUUCACUCUGCUGCACAGCUUCUGGUACCUCGCCGGGGCUCUGACCCUGCAAGGUGCUGGUCCUCACCCCAAGGCCCUGUCUGGACGUGUAGUCAGCGCCAUCUGGUGGCUGUUUGCUGUUCUGCUUCUGGCCAGCUACUUUGGCAACUUCACCUCAAAGCUUCACUCCAGCAAACAACUCCCUGUCGAGAGUUUUGAAGACCUUUCUAACCAGAAUGCCAUCGAUUAUGGCACCGUCGAGGGUGGAUCCUCCAUGUCUUUCUUUAAGAAUUCCAAGAACCCCGUAUACCACCGUAUCUACCAGCACAUGGAGCGUAAGAAGAGCUACGUGUCCAGCAUGGAGGAGGGGAUUCGUCGAGCCCAGGAGGGAAACUUUGCCUUCAUUGGUGAAGCUGUGUCUUUGGAUUUGGCAACGGCUAGCUAUUGUGACCUUCACCGUUCACAGGAAGUCAUCGCGAUGAGAGCCUACAGCAUCGCAGCACCUGAAGGUUGGUGGUCCUGAACUUUGGGGAUGUCUUCUUGUCUGACAG